AUGGCCUUUAGAACUUGUGUUCUUGUACUCCUUGGCUUGCUCUAUCAAACAAAUGGUAUAAAUUUGUUUGAAGUCAAUGAAGAAAACUCUGUUUUGGAAAAUGAAUUUAAGGCGCAUGUUAUAAUUCAUCCAAAACAACAUAUUCGUUUCUCACGCACGAAAUCUAAGAGAAUACCUGAUUUUGAUACACAUUCCGGUUUUGGAAUACUAUCAAAAGCCAUUCGUAUUCCUCCAUCUGGGCCAAGUCAAAGAUCAUCAGACUCUACACCUCCACCAUCCAUUGUUUUACAUAAAGAGUCUAUGAUGAACUUUGGGAUAUUACCGAAAGGUGUGCCUACUCAUUCAUCUGGGCCAAGUCAAAGAUUUUCAGACUCUCCACCUUCACCUCCACCAUCUAUUGUUUUACAUAAAGAGUCUAGGAUUAAAUUUGGGAUAUUACCGAAAGGUGUGCCUACUCAUUCAUCUGGGCCAAGUCGAAGAUUUUCAGACUCUCCACCUCCACCUCCGCCAUCCAUUGUUUUACAUAAAGAGUCUAGGAUUAACUUUGGGAUAUUAUCGAAAGGUGUGCGUACUCAUUCAUCUGGGCCAAGUCGAAGAUUUUCAGACUCUCCACCUCCACCUCCGCCAUCCAUUGUUUUACAUAAAGAGUCUAGGAUGAACUUUGGGAUAUUACCGAAAGGUGUGCCUACUCAUUCAUCUGGGCCAAGUCGAAGAUUUUCAGACUCUCCACCUUUACCUCCACCAUCCAUUGUUUUACAUAAGAAAUCUGGGAUUAGCUUUGGGAUAUUAUCGGAAGGUGUGCAUAUUCUUUCAUCUGGACCAAGUGAAAGAUUUUCAGACUCUCCACCUCCACCUCCCCCAUCCAUUGUUUUACAUAAGAAAUCUGGGAUUAGCUUUGGGAUAUUACCGAAAGGUGUGCGUAUUCCUCCAUCUGGACCAAGUCCAAGAUUUGCAGACUCUCCUCCUUCUAACCCUUCCAUUGUUUUGCAUUAA